AUGCCUCAUGUAGGGGGUCAUUCUAAGCUUAAGGGCCUCUCAAAGUCUAUCAUCUCGCACAACUUUCGAGGGCGACAUCGCCAGACUCAUAUCCUGAAAGCUAGCCAUCAGCUUCAAUGCAAGGAGGCAGCAGAUGCAGGCCAUCAGGCUCAAGUCCAAGAGAUGUCAAGCGAGGACCGCCAGUUGGUGGAGAACAUGAUGAGUGAUUAUGGAAUGGAUGUUGAAUCAAUACCAUACACCGUGCCUCCAGGAGAGGAGGGGAUGGAACUGAGUCAUGCUGGUGGGGAGUACAAGGCAUUUGAGGGACUCACUGGUCAAAUAGCGGACCUUGGUGGCUAUUGCUAUAUCAAUCACAGCACUGGGAGGACCGCACAGAAAGCCAAACGACUCACUGGCAACUUCAAAUAG